CCUAAUUACCGCUACAGGAUAACUAGUCGUUCACGGAGGAAACCACAUUUAGAAAGCGUAAAACCCAGAGAGUAGCGUCGCGUCUGUUGCUUGGAUCCAUCCAUCGAGUCAGACCACCGGGAUACAGGUUCUUCUACAGACCGAGCGUUCUCCACUGCUCUCCGGGUUCAGACUGGAUGAUGCACCGGUGUUAGUUUGGCCGUGUGUUUCGGAGUGGAGGCUUUCUUAACUAUAGUAGGGAGAAUCUGUUAUAAAAUGCUAAAGUAUGUUUCUCAUGGAGGCCAUGAAUCCAUCAGGCUUUAAUAUAACCUUAAAUCAAGGGUACGUGGGUCCUUGUCCAAUUCUACAGCCACUAUGUUUACAUUGAUGAGGACGUGGUUCAAACAAUAAGGUGACUUACACAACAGGUUGUGAAGCUGUGGAAGUCAUGCCUUUUGUGGAGUUCAUAGCUGGGAGCAUUUCAGGUGCACUGGGACUUGCACUUGGACAUCCAUUAGACACUGUGAAGGUGCGUCUGCAGGCCCAGUCCAUGUAUAAAGGGAUACUUCACUGUGUGGCUAAAACGUACUCUAAUGAAGGGCUCCAUGGUUUCUUCAAGGGCAUGGCAUUUCCUGUGCUGACAACCGGCAUCAUCAACUCCAUCGUUUUUGGCUCUUACUCGAAUGCCUUAGAUUACCUUACUCAGUCUCAGCGCUGUGACCGAAGCAAACCGGCCUCGACAGCACACGUCUUCACUGCUGGCUGCUUCUCAGGUCUGAUGCAGGUGUUUGUUUGUGCACCUGUCGACCUGGUGAAGGUGCGUCUGCAGGGUCAAACAUCUGCUCACCGAUACCGUGGACCCAUUCACUGUGUUUCCGUCAUCCUGAAGGAGGAAGGACCCAGGGGUCUGUUCAGAGGAGGGCUGGCCCUCGCCCUGAGGGAUGUACCCUGCUACGGACUCUACUUUCUGCCCUAUGAGGUCACUCGAAUGGCUCUGACAGGGAGCGGCAAAGAAUCAGAUACGUUUGCUAUAUUGAUGGCCGGUGGCACGGCAGGAGUGGUGACCUGGAUCUUUGCGACGCCCAUGGACGUGGUGAAAGCCCGACUCCAGAUGUCAGGGGCAGGUGGACGGGUAUACAGCGGAGUCCUGCACUGCCUGAGAGUGAGCGUGAGAGAGGAGGGAGCCAGGGUCCUUUUCAAAGGCCUACUACUGAACGGCCUGAGGGCCUUUCCCGUCAACGCCGUCACCUUCCUAAGCUACGAGAGUCUGAUGAAGAUGUUCUGUCCACCCGCGAGAUGACAUGAUGUCUGACAGUGACAAACUGUUUGUCCUGCCAACUGAAAAAUCUUCUGUCCAGUCUGACUCUGGUGGCUGGAACACAGUGGAAGGCCAGGACAUGUGGCAUCUACUUCAAGGACAUUGACUUAAAGCAGCGAUUCAAAUGACUGAGUAUAGUGUGAAUAGGGUUUCUCAUAACGACAGCUUUAGAGGACUUUAGUUUAUAAUCUUAACUUUUGAUUUUGAUUAAUUCCCAAUACUCACAUUAGCCUGGUUACACCAUUAGCCUGGUGCCAAAAAGCUCCUCAAGAGUGAAACCAAAGUGUUUAGCUCACCUCCUGGUGGCUGGUGUCAGGCGUGUUGGUUUAUCCUAAAUAAGAGAUGAGCCGGAUUGGUCCAAUUUAAGUAUUUAUUGAGAUGCAAUGAAAGUUGAACAGCAUAGCUAUGGACAAUUAUCACAGCCUAGGCUAAAUCAGUUAGCAAUGGGUAGUUAAUAAUGGCCCCGAACAAAAGGGGUUUGAUAUAAUUAUAACAGUAGAUUUAAUAUGAUUGGUUAUAAAAGAUUGGAGGAGAGUCACCGCAAAUCAAUUUGGUUCUCCCUUAUUGGUCCAAAGCUGUAGUCCACCGCCUCUUGUCAAGGAAUCCAGGAAGUGACAAGAAGCCGCUCUCCGUGACGCUACUACUCUGAUAGUUGCUAAGCAAAAUGUUCUCUUCAUGAAAGGCCUUGACACAGCUAAUGCCAUGUGGGCCUUUGGAGAAAGGAAUAUGAUGUUCCUGCUAUAUCCAAACAAUGUCCUGUUGAUGUAAAUAUUAGAAUCCUCGAAACCAAAACAACGAAACAAAACAAUGUCAACAAAGUCACUCUGUCCGACCUCCAGAACUUUCAGACAGCUGCAUGAAAUAUAUGUGAUGUGAAUGAAUCUAGGGGAAUAAUGGUUUAAUACCAAAAGUUAGAAUUCAGAACAAUUAUAAGAUUCAUUAUUAACACUAUGCAGCAAGGGUUCUUUAUAAAUCAUUUGUAUAAAGGCCUUAUAACUGUCCCAACCUGCUCAAGGCCCCCCCUCCUGCCUUUAUUGAAAAUAGUACGGUCAGACCCACACAACAGCUAAAAUAUUGAAUUCUCACACUGGUUACAUUAUAUGUCAGAAAUUCCACCACCUCCAUAUAAGAAGAUGUGACAUAUCAAAGUACCUAACAAACACAUUCUCUCAAAGAUGGCUUCUGUCAUUGUAGGUAGUUUUUAUCACAAUGAUGUUUGUUAAAGUGUUUUUCUGGUAAGUUUGGUUUCAAUGAAUUCUUUGAUGCUCUAAAAACGUCACGAAUGGUCGAGCACAUAUGGCUGUACCUUUAAUGAGGCGGCAGUGGGUUAGAGUUGUUGUCCUGCAACCAGAAGGUCGGCGGUUCAAUCCUCAGUCUUCCCCAUCUGCAUGCUGGGCAAGAUACUGAACCUCUAAAUGGCCCCUCACAGAUGUUGAAAGCACCAAUUGUAAGUCGCUUUGGAUAAAAGCAUCUGCCAAAUGACAUGUAACGAUAUCAACACACAAACUACAUGAAUUUGACCCUUGAGGCAGCACUUCAAACACUAAAUAAUGGAAGAUGAGUGUACAAAGAUGUUUGUAUGGUAUCAGCAUUAAAUCAUAGUGUUGCUUUUUAUAAGCAUUUUACUGAGAAACACUCAGACAAUGAGAGGAAACAUGUAGAAUGAACGUGUUUAUUACGUAAAUUCAUAAAAUGUUCUAAUCAGAAAAGAAUGAACAAGUUUUGCUGAGGCACAAAAAGUAAAAAAAGGUAAAGAAAGUAAAGCAAACAUAAAACAUUUGUUAAAAAUGCAUUUGAAAAGACAAUUUGUGUUACAAUGAUGACCACAGAUGUGUCCUAUCAGAGACCUGAUGGACUUUGUCACUCACUAACAAAUCAAGUAGAAGAUAAACUGAAAGAGGCCUGGACACAUGAGCAGAGCAGCAGACUAAUUUGAUUGAAGCUGCCAUGUCAGAAUAACAUUAUCAUGAUUGGAUUAUUAGCUCCCUGCAGUUUAUGUUUGGCAAGAUAAUAAAAGUGGCACUUAUGUGUUGUAGAAGAACAGAAAGGGAGUCGUUUCAGCUCUCAUCCUGAAAUCCUGAACGUUAAGAGUAGGCCACGCAAUAGCACAUAGAAGUAUGUUUGACAUUAAAUUAAAAGGGGUCAUAUAGCGUUUUAAGAAAACCAGUAAAACUAAGUUUCGUAUUUGUUUAUGAUAACACAGCAAUCACCUGAGAUAUUGGUACAAUGUGACAUCAGUCAGAUGACUACUAAAUAAACAUGAUUUACUUUGUCUGGAGGUAAAAACGAAUGAGCACACUUGUUACGUUGCUUUUAAUCUCUCUUUGCACAAGGAGCAAACAACUGGAAAAGAGACAAAAAACAAUUUUGCCGUUUUAAAAAGUUGCCUUAAGCUAGGCUAAGCUUUGCCUCGACAAACCUCCAAACAGCGUCACACCUCAGGCCUUUGUGCCCUGUUCACAACUCAAACAUUACAUUGUAUGACACAGUGUCUGUUACACUGUCACAACGGUCAAAUCUUACAGCUUCGGUGCUCCUUAGAUAUUCACUGUUGCACACUGUACAUUCAGCAGCUGAUGUACCACAGAUGAGAUCAAAGCUUACAGAAGCCCCUUCCUUCAGAGAACCCUGAGCUCCCUCGUUUCACAAACCAGUUUUCACCAAAGCAAAGAAUCAGGGAGGAUUAUAAAGGGCAAAGAAACUGUUCCACAGGACUAGUGUUGACAUGGUCAGACCAGUGACCUGAGCCAAGCCACACACAAAAGUCUUCUUGUAGCAUUAAGACAUGACAUUGACACUGAAUAUAAAAAAACAUUAGUGGUUUUUCUUUAAAGCAAUUUAACGAAACUAUUGCACCUUAAAAAAAUAUUCUGGGCCAUCUCUCAUCUCCCAUUACUUCAGUGGCUUAAACUGCCGGAAACAGGCGCAGCAGGUUUAACAGGAAAGCUGAAGUGAAAUCAGUUCAAAUGUCUUUGACAGAAUAAAAAACUCAUCUCCAACAUUCAGUGUGAAAACUUUUCAAAUAAUUCAGAGUGUGGUCCGGUUCUGGAAGCUGGUGAUCAUGAGGAAUAUAAACCGUUUGGCCGUGUUUCAGUUCAGUCAGGGGAACUUCACAGUCGUUGCUCAGAUCAGGAGAUUGUGACAGGCUUUGUUUUUCUGUCCAUGAAAAUCAAUGAAAAGGUCCGCUCUGUAGGAUUUACACGGAUCAAACAACAGAAAUGGAAUAUCAUGUUUAUAACUAUGUUUAUAUUUGUAUGUUUCAACAGCAGCCGGGGAGGGGUAGGGGGCAGUUGUUUGCAGUGUGCAACUUAACUGCUAAAUGCCACUAAAAGCUGCACACUGAGAAUUUUAGCUGCAUGGACUUUCAGACCAAUGGAAUCAAUCACCGCAAAGGUUGCAUAUUGAUGCUUCUCUUUUGUAAAUAUCCAGUCCCAUCUGGACAGCCACAGGCGAGCAAACAGAUCAUCGUUCAUAAUUUGAUCCCAUUUCUAGCAGCAUGUCUGUCUGUCAAGUGCCGAAAUCUUUGUGAGUCUGAGCAG